UGGAAGGCGUUGACCAGGUUACGUCACGUGAUUCACGUGAGCUCCUCACCUGUCUUUAAAAAAUCGCUGAUUUUGUUGACACUGAAAACGAAAAGAGUCAACGCACCUUUCACACAUUUAAAGAUUUUCCAGUUAACUUCGAGGAGAUAUUCACCAUGAUACACAAAUUGAUCUGGAUUUAUGCUUUGCUUCUUUUAAUUCACGUGAACCUGUCUAUUCAAAUCCCUAAUGGAGACCGUGGCCUUACUGGUGAGGAAACUGUUGAGGGUGUCGCUGUGACAUUGACCGGAAAAACUGUCCUGGAAAGCAAGCUCACCCGCGUCUUCUUCCCAAUUGUGUACAUUGUCGUCUUCUGUGUGGGCCUGCCAACCAAUGCUUUGGCCAUCUGGGUCUUUCUCUUCAGGACAAAGAAGAAACACCCCUCGUCCAUCUUCAUGGUUAACCUCGCGCUGGCGGACCUGAUGUUUAUUAUCUGGACGCCGCUAAAAAUCGCCUACCAUUUUAAUGGGAACAACUGGAUCUACGGAGAAGCCAUGUGCAAGGUCUUCGUGGGUUUUUUCUAUGCUAACAUGUACUGUUCCGCCGUUUUUAUCGCCUGCAUCAGCGUCCAGAGGUACUGGGCCGUAGUGCAUCCCCUUUCCCAGCGAAAAAACCAUAACAAGUUAGCCGUUGGCGUGUCUGUGUGCGUUUGGAUGGUUGUGUGGCUUAUAACCAUCCCGCUUUAUCUUUAUGACCAGACCGUAAAGGUCACUAACCUUAACAUCCUCACCUGUCAUGAUGUCACACGCCCCAGCCAAUCGCUUUACCCCUCCAUCUACUUCCUGACCAUGGCGGUUGUGGGAUUUUUAGUUCCCAGCGUAGUGUGCAUAGUGUCUAACGUACAUAUGCUUCGUGCCCUCAAGACCUCCAUGGCGGAUCCAUCCAUCGCUCAGAAGCGCAGGAAGGCCAUCGUUCUCAUCAUCACAGUACUGGUGAUGUUCCUGGUGUGUUUCACGCCCAGCAACAUCAUGGUCUUGGUGCAUUACUCUCUUCUGCUUAAAGGGGAGCCGAACAACGGCUACGGAUUCUACAUCUCCACCUUGUGUGUGGCCAGCCUUAACAGCUGCGUUGACCCGUUUAUAUAUUAUUUCAUCUCAGAUGAGUUCAGGGAGCACGUCAGAAACACAUUUUUAUGCCGCAGCGAGCGUACUGCACAGAGGAUGCGUGUCUCUUUCAGCGCUCUGAAGUUCUCAAAGAAAAACAACACGUACAGUUCAGACACCGCGAACACGCAGAGCAGCUCCUACUGAAAAAUAACAAACCAUUUUAAUGCUCUGAAAAUGACCUUGCAUUAAUGAACUGUUGUGUCAGCUUGAAAUGUGAGAGAUGUUGCGUAAUACUGAACCAUGUCAUUCGACAAAAUGCCUUAUGUUUUGUGAAAAACUAAAAAUCACACAAAAAACGCAUUUAUGCUGCGAGCAUUCCAGGAUCUCCAAAUCAGCCAUCUGUUGGACACACACAGUCACUAUGAAGAUGUUGCAGUGUUGUUAUUGUGCUUGUCAUUACGUCACGUUGUACAGAUUAACUUGUUAAUGCCUGGAAUUCUGAAUGUGAACAAACUUUUAGUAAUUGAUUGUGGGACUGGUUUUGUCUCGUGAGGUUAAGUGGAAUUUCUCUGAGAAACUCUCCUGUGACCUUUAAUCCAGUUGUGUAAAGCACACUAAAUGGUGACUGAAUAACCGGCGCAAUCCUGUUUUGGAAAACCUGUUACAGAAACCAUUUUAAAUUCAUCCCUGCUGACAAAUAGGCGGGUUUCAUAGGCGGGUGGAUUUCUAAAAAUGGUGAAAUGUUGUAUGAAUCACUUCUUAACUUACCAAUUUUAGACUAUGUUGUACAACAAGAAUAAUGUCAUUCAUGUGUGUAUCAAAUCACUUAAUAUUGAACAGGUGUCACUAUAAUUCAAAUUGGGAAUAUUGUAUUCUCUCCUGUUUUCCUCACGUGGUUCCAAGGCACACCAAAUACAGUAUGUUCGUAUUGCCAUGUUUGUUGUCAAGUUUAAUUUUAGUGCUGAGUAAUUUAUUUUAUCAAUAAAUUUGUCUUUUCAAGUCUG